AUGAAGUUUGCGCAAUAUCUCAAUGAUAAUUGUGUUCCUGAAUGGCGCCCGCAAUAUUUAGAUUAUAAGCAAGGGAAGAAGAAACUUAAAAAGAUCAAUCGGCCUGAUUUCCCAAACAAAGUCAGUGUCAGCAAUCUUAAGCCCCUGCUGUUCUGGAAUACCAAUGGAGCGACACAAGCGUCAUUUCAGAGCCCUCGUUUGAAUGCUCAAAUUAGAAAAAAGUCUCGCGCUGACCCAUUAUCAUCAUCUUUUUCCUCCAAUAUUUCUAAUUCUAAGAGUAAUCAUGAUAAUCCUUUUUUCCUUCCUCCGCCAGAAUUGAACGAAGCGAUUUUUGACGGCAAAUCUUCCAAACAUUCUAAUUCCAAAGACCCCCUGGUUGACGAAUUGUCAUCAUCUCCAGUAGCGUCAGUGAAAAAAAGAACUCCAUUACAUAAUGAAAGAACUCCAUUACUCGCGCCAAUCAAUGAGACUAAUCUCAAUAAUAAUAAUGCAGACCACGGAUCUUUUGACAUCGGCGAUGCAUCUUUUGAAUUACCGUCGUUUAUUGAGGAUGGUGGUGAUCGCCCUUUGACAAGAAAGAAAUCCAUUGUGGAGAAUAUUAAUAUUGGGGCUCUGAAUGUUUUCAACACCAUCAAACGUCAUUCGUCGAUUUUCAACCCAGAGAAUAUUGCCCACCUAGGACCUAGAAGACCUAGUACCGCAAUGAAUGAGCAUGACAUGAUUCAGUUACAGAAUUCUUUUGACACAGAUAAGCAAGAGUUUUUGCAAUGGUUGGACUUGGAAUUGAUAAAAAUCAAUGAGUUUUUCAAGGAUAAAGAAAAUCAAUCAAUCCAGAGAUAUUUGUUGUUGCAAGACCAGUUAUACCAACUUAGACUGAGCAAAGAGCUGAAACAAAAUGGUAAAGUUAAAGUUACCAAUGGUAAACAUCAUCAUCCGGUGUUCAAUUUUUUUAAUAAAAAUGUGGCAGAUGAUGCUGAUGACGAAGCAGAAGAAGAAGAAGAAGAAGAAGAAGAAGAAGAAGAAGAUAAUGAUGAUAGUACCAAUAAUAAUCAUAAUCAUAAGAAUCCAAAGUUGAGCGCGAUGAGGAGUCCCGAUACCAUACUCCCCACAGUCGGGAAAUAUGAAUUACCAUCUUUGCCAAGAUUUCGUUUUUUGAAAAAAUCAUCUAAUAAUGAAAACGGAAAUAGUUUUGAUGAUGGUAAACAUGAUGCUGAAAGUACUGCCAGUACUAGCAACCACGAUGACGUUGAAAAUAACCCUUCGAUUGAAUGUAAUGAUCCUGCAUACAAUAGAAGAGACUAUCUCAAGAAGACUGUGGCACAAACCGAUAUUCCCCCAUAUCCUCAGGCCAAACGACAAUUGAAACAUGCAUUACUUGAAUUCUAUAGAAGUUUGGAGUUGCUCAAUAGUUACCGGAGCUUGAAUCGUACCGCUUGUCGAAAAAUGAUCAAGAAAUUCGACAAGACCACCGGACUGCUGCAACUUCCGGGAUUCAUGGCAAAAGUUAAUGACAGCUAUUUUGCCUCCAGUGAAGUAUUAGAUGAAUUGAUGGCAAAAGUUGAAGACUUGUACACAUUUUAUCUUGCAAAUGGACACCGGAAAUUGGCUAUUGAGAAAUUGAGAAGCGUCAGCAAAGUUCAAGAACACUAUUUCCCGUUGUUUUGUGGAGGUUUAUUACUUGGAUGCGCAAUUCCUAUAAUUAUAUUCACCAUACUUAGAGCAGCGAAGAAAAUUCAUCAAUUUCCAGAACAUCAUUUACUAUUGCAAAUCUGGGGAGGAUUUUUCAUUUCGAUGAUGAUGGCUCUUUGUUUCACAGUUCACUUUUGUACUUGGGAUUAUUAUAAGAUCAAUUACAAAUUCAUUUUUGAUUUCCAUCCCAAAACAGCUUUGGAUUUCCGUCAGUAUAUUGUGAUGCCCAGUUUUUUUUUAUUCUGUGGCUCGAUAAUUGCGUACUUCAGCUUUGAAAACGAUGGUGGGUGGCCCAGCGGUUUUUUACCAAGAGACAUGCCAUGGGUUUACGUUGGAUUAGUAUUAGCGGUUUUUUUGAACCCAGUUAAUGUAUUUUAUUAUAAAUCCAGAAGAUGGUUACAAGUAACACUUUGGAGAUUGUUCUUUUCUGGGUUUUAUCCGGUGGAAUUCAAAGAUUUCUUCUUGGGGGAUAUUUUUUGCAGUUUGACAUAUUCCAUUAGUAACGUCUCAUUUUUCAUUUGUUUAUAUGCGACACAUUGGACCAAUGAAGCAAGAUGUGGGUCUAGCCAAUCGAGAUUGAUGGGUUUUUUAGCGACUUUACCGAGUAUUUGGAGAUUAUUGCAAUGUUUUAGACGUUAUGCAGAUACUGGUGAAUGGUUCCCACAUUUAGCGAAUAUGUUGAAAUAUACUAUAUCCGUGGUAUAUUAUAUGGCGUUAAGUAUUUAUCGGAUUGACAAAGCUGAUAGUAAUAAGAAAAUUGCCUUCAUAGUGUUUGCAUUUGUCAACUCCAUUUACAGCAGUGUGUGGGAUAUUUUCAUGGAUUGGUCAUUGAUGCAAUUUGAUUCCAAAAACAAGUACUUGCGGAAUAAUUUGGGUUACAAGAAAAAGAAUCAUUUAUAUUACAUGGCGAUGAUUCUGGAUGUGAUUCUAAGAUUCCAAUGGGUUUUCUAUGCGUUCUUUGCCCAACGGAUUCAACAAUCGUCGUUGACGAGUUUUUUCAUUGCGUUUGCCGAGUUUAUCCGUCGUUUUAUCUGGGUUUUUUUCCGGAUGGAAAAUGAACAUUGUACGAAUGUUAACUUGUUGAAAGCUUCGAGAGAAAUUCCUUUGCCGUACCCUGUGGUGUAUUAUUCCAAGCCCCAUCAUGAUCAUGAUCGUACAGCCAAUGUAUCCAUUAGAGACCAAGAGUCGAUGGUGGGAGUUGGCGAUGAGGAUGUUGGCGACACUACUAAUGCGGGAUCGAUCCUACAUCAUGAUCAUCCUGAGCAAGAAGGAGAAAAUGAAUUGACUAAACCAACUGGUGGGGUACAAUCGUUCUUGCGGGCCGUUAGCCACGCCAUGACUUUGGCUCAUGUGAAGGAUUUCCAGAGACCAAAGAGAAAAGCGUCCCUGAAGGUGGAUAACAAUAGUAGUGAUGAUGAGGAUGAAGAAGAUGAGGAAGAAGAUAGUGAUGGCGAUAAUAAUAACAAUAAUGAUCUUAAUGCUCUGCAACAUCGGGAUCGCUGA